AUGCCGUUUGCCGUAGUCGAGACUACGAACGCAAGGGGCCACAAUGAGCUUUCGGCGGUGCCAGAAAAAUGGAUCCGAAGCUCCAAAUCCGGACACAUUAUGCUGUGGCCCAAUUCACAACGAGUUCAAGAUGUGAAAAAAAUGCUUCGGGAUGCCAACAUCACCCCCAAAAAAGCAUGGCUAAAAUAUAAAUGUACGAUCAAACGGAAUGGCAUCCAGUCCUACGAUGAGGCGAUGGGCUUAUGUGAGGAACUAUCCGGCGAGUCCUCAUCCUCAUCAGAUGCGCAGGCAGCCAGCACCCAACGUAAGAAAAAGGUUAACCAGAAUCUUUUGCUCCACUACGACCAACUGCCGCACCGUUGCAGUUACAACCCAUACCAAUGCAACCACCACUCGCUUUACCGCAAGCACCAGUUACUCCUCCACAAGCACCAGCCGCACCGCCAAGCCAUUCCGAUACAGCCACCAGUCGCUCCGCUGGAAACACCGGCAGCUACUACUAAAAAGCAUAUAUCAGCGGCUCAGUAUGUCACACAACCUUGUAUGAAGAUUGAAUUGAUGGGAGUAAAUCAUCGCUUGGAUCUUCUUGAGAAGCGUACAGCAGACAUCGCCAUUCAAAAUGAAUUUAUCCUUGAUGCACUCCUAAAGCAGAAUUCCCGCACGAUGAUUGAAGAACAUCUAGAAUUUUGUUUUAAACCUAUUGAACGAGAGGAAGAGCUAGCUGAUCUGGAGCUUAACUUGGAGGAUAACGACUACAAAUCGAAAAUGGUCAAAUGGCUGCGUGUACAUUAUAGCGGUGAUUGUGCAGAUAACCGCAUGCUACGCGUUUUGGAUCUGUUGAUCAGCAAAGAAAUGCAAACGAAAUGCACCUGGACUGGAGCCAGCCGAAAGGGACCAAAAGUAGCGAUCAUUCCCAACCGUAAUAUGCUGCAGCUUUUUGUACAAAUUGGGAGUGACGAUUCGGAAGUGGUUACCCACCAGAAGCUGACCAGAUUUUUUAUGAGGAAGCUUAAGAACUCCCUUAAGCGACUAACCACUACAGGUAAACGUCGAGGAACCAGACAUGUUAGAAAAAAGAAGGCUGACAAUGAAGUGGUCGAGGGUAAAUCUGCACCUGGGCUGAAUAAAGCUACAUCCGAUGAGCAUCGACCAAAACAUGAUAAUAAACCGCAGAGCCAAGUUGUGGAGGAUCCAUAUACUGGAUCAAAUGAUGCUUCAUCAAGCGGACAACAAGCAGCAUGGACUGAUGAACAGGACAACAGUUGCAGUGAUUUUGGAUCUGAGUCAGAUGCUGGUUCGGUCGUCGAUUCAUCUGAUGCAUUAGAUAAUACUGAGAUGGUAUCGGAUACUACCGAAUAA